CAAAACGGUACGUUUCGUUUUGAUCAGGAGUAAACUCAAACCCGCAAAGAGAUAUAAUUCUCUCUACGAAACUCAAAGCCAGCGAUGACGGCCCAGUCCAAUAAUCCCUGAAAGAGGAACUACGAAAAUUGUGGAUUUGAAGUCAAGCGGAUAAAGGAACAGCAAGGGUAAAGGUGCCUUCUUGUUGUGUAUAGCAACCAGUUAGAGUCGUAACAUGCCAGACAAAGCUUGUAUACAGCGCCUUAAUAAGGAAUAUAAAGCACUCUGUAAAGAACCGGUUUCUCAUGUUGUUGCUUGUCCUAACUCAAAAGAUAUCCUUGAGUGGCAUUAUGUGCUGGAGGGAAGUGAGGGAACACCAUUUGCAGGCGGAUAUUACUACGGAAAGAUCAAGUUUCCUCCCGAAUAUCCAUAUAAACCUCCUGGAAUCAGCAUGACCACUCCCAAUGGAAGGUUCAUGACACAAAAGAAAAUAUGUCUGUCUAUGAGCGACUUUCAUCCAGAGAGUUGGAACCCAAUGUGGUCUGUCUCAAGCAUACUUAAUGGACUUCUUUCUUUCAUGAUGGACAGCAGUCCAACCAGUGGCAGUGUGAGCUCUACUGUUGCUGAGAAGCAGCGCCUAGCUAAGGUUUCACUUGCUUUCAAUUGUAAGAACACAACAUUUAGGAGAAUGUUUCCCGAGUAUGUGGAGAAGUAUAACCAGCAGCUUGUUUCAGAGCAGAGGUCACCGGAGCUGCCGCAAACAGACAAUUCCAGUUCUGAAAAACUUGGUAAGUCAUCGGUCGAAGACAUGAAAAAUGUUGAUACACCAAACAAUAUGCCAAUAAAAAGGAAGCAGAGUUUCCCAACCUGGAUGAUGUUGUUACUGGUUUUGAUAUUUGGCGUUAUAAUAGCACUUCCUCUGCUUCAACUCUAAUAUUUACGACGGAAAAUUUAGGGCAAAGUGGUUAUACAAGACUUUUCUAGUGCAGCCCCCCCCAGGUUGUCAUGUAUCUUGUGAAAACUUUGUAUAGGAUACGAUGGGAGGGUUGGUGAGUUUUUUAGUUGGAAGUUGGAUCUCAUUUUGAUGUUUGAACUUUGAAGCCAUCGUCUACAAUUAGGAGUCAAUGAUCAAAUUUUAGAUCAUUUUGACGUUGAAUUUUAUUUUAACUUGUGAUGCAGUAUUCCUCCCUUCA